AUGUUCAAGAAGUUCAAAGACAAGCUGAAGGGCGACGAUCAUUCCGAGCCGCAGCAACAACAGGAAAAGCAACAGCAAGGCUCCUCGUACCAACAGUCAACCCUUCAUUCUAAUAACCCGUUCCACCCCAAUAACUACACAUCACUCCAACAGCAACAGCAACAGCAAACCGGAAGUCACAACAUCACCCCGAACGAGAAGUACCAGCCCCCUUCAGGGCCUCCUCCAAGCCAUGCCGGCGCAAGCUCAAGCUCAGGAUACGCACCGCCUCCAGGCCCACCACCCUCCAAAGAUAUGCCACAACAACCUCCGCCCAGCUGGGAGCCUCCGCCAUACCACGACUGGACAAUAAUCCCAGACACAGCUCUACUGCCUCCUCCACCAUCCAUCGGCUAUGAGACCUCACCCACAGCCAACGCCACAGAGGAAGACGGCGAGCGCGCAGACCACUGGUGCAAGGCGAACCCACUGUGGCCACCCCAAAGCCUCACACCCCCAACGCACGCCGCAAUACAAAAUGGCCAGCUCGCUAUCCUUAAGCCUCCCACCUACUCCGGCGAUGUAUUUCCCAUGCAGCAAGCCGGCCACUGGAGAUGUCGCACACAUCCACAAUGCCGCGACUCCGCCCUCCUAACCAAUCUCCCCAUGUACUCAGUCUCCUGGGACUCGCCCCUGAACACACAGCGUCCCAAGACAAUCUACUUUGAGCUCAAAGUCCUCGGCAUAGGACACGGCGGAUACUCACUCUCAGAAGCAGACGCGGGCAUCGCAAUUGGGUUUAUCGCGCCUCCGUACCCGACGUUCCGUCUCCCAGGGUGGCAACGCGGUAGUAUGGGUGUGCAUGGCGACGACGGACGCAAGUACGUGAACGACACGUACGGCGGCGUGGACUUCACGACUGCGUUUCAACCUGGCGAGACAGUCGGGAUUGGUCUUACAUUUUCGCUGCCGAGGGAGCCGCCCAGCUAUGAGCAAAGUCAGAUGGGGAAGGUCAUGGACAUCGAUGUAUUUAUAACGCGGAACGGGCAAAGAGAGAAAGGGUGGGAUGGGAAUGAGGAGCUGGAUGAGAGGAGUGAGGGGGGCACGGUGGGGCUGAGGGGUGAGUGUGAUUUGUUCCCUGCGGUGGGGGUGUUUGGGGGUGUGGAUUUCGAAGUUUUCUUUCAUCCCAGUCAGUGGCUGUAUAGGCCCUUUUAG